AUGGACUUCACAGACGUUGGUAUCCGCCACACUAUUCUCAAUAGUGUAGAGCUUCACCACUUCUUCGAUUUUUCGCCAUCGGCAGCUCUCAUUGCAAAGGAGGCCCGUCUCUGCGUUAUCGCUGUUGUUGUCGGCUGGAUCACCACCCACGUUGUCUCUAGCCUUUGCAAUCAAAAGUCUUUUGGAAACCCGUAUCAACAUCAAGCCCGGCCAAUCGUUAAGCGACACAACAUGAUGCGAACCCUAGCUUCCCUGGCAUUGUUUGCCGCGGGGGUAACCUCUCAGAUUAUUGAGAGCUCAAGCUUUGGCAAUGGCCGAACGAUAUCACCGAACCGAGACUCAAUUCCGGGGUGGACAAUUGGAGGAGAAGGCCAUGAACCUCAUCUUCUAUCAGACAAACUUAUCCUAACGCCACCGUGGCCUGGCAACACACGGGGAUCAGCUUGGGCGCAAAGUCCAGUCUCUCAAUCUGAAUGGUCAGCAGAAUUCCAGUUCCGCGCAAGUGGGCCGGAAAGAGCAGGAGGAAUCAUUCAACUGUGGUAUACCAAGGAGGGUCAGUCCCGUAUUGGAACAUCGAGCAUCUAUACCGUCGGUCAAUUCGAUGGCUUUGCUCUAGUGAUUGAUACACACGGUGGACGAGGUGGCAGCGUCCGUGGGUUCUUGAACGAUGGUACCACCGAUUACAAAAGCCAUAAUAGUCCCGACAGCUUAGCCUUUGGCCACUGCGACUACUCCUACCGCAAUCUAGGUCGCCCAUCCAUUGUCAAGCUCAAGCACACCAGCUCCAUCUUUGAAGUUACCAUUGACGACAAGCUUUGCUUCUCUACCAACAAGGUCCACCUACCUGCCGGAAACACCUUCGGCAUUACAGCAGCCACCCCCGAAAACCCCGACUCAUUCGAAAUCUUCAAGUUCAUUCUCGAGUCCGCCGAAGGCCAAGGCUCAACCAUUCCCCCCAACCAAGGCAGCAACUCCCAGCAGCAAAUUCCCAAAGAGGAGACCAUCCGAGUUGCUCCACCCGUCGCUAACCAGCGCGCACCUGACAGCGCAACGGUCAAUGCAGCUGGCGUGGCCGCCCAAUUCGCUGACAUCAGCGGCCGCCUACAGCUGACCACCAAGGCAGCGAACACGAUCGUUCAGGAGAUGAAAAACCAGGCCCAACUGGCCGAAAAGCGCCACACCGAGCUCCUCCAGAAGACCGGAGCGCAGGAUCGCCUGUUCGCCUCCCAGCUCGUUCAGUUCGACGCCCGACUCACUCGCGUCGAGCAGCUGCUGCAGACCGUCCAGCGUGAUCUGGAGAACAAGGACGGACGCUUCAACCAGCUCCACGAGACGCUGCGCUCCUCCCACCUCAGCUUGAGCGAGAACUUGCAGGGCCACCUGCUGAGUGUCAUCACUGCCUCAACUCCUCGUAUGGGCUUCUUCCUUUUCCUGGUGAUCGCUUUCCAGGUGCUUCUCGCCAUUGGCUAUGUAGUUUACAAGCGCCGCCGGGCUAGCAUGCCCAAGAAAUACCUGUAG